GUGUUUCCUUAUCCUCCUCCUCUUCCUUAUGAAACACAACAAUCAGGUUUGGAGUUUGAAAUCGUCUCUGUUCAGUCCAGACUCUCGGCUUCUCUGGCUGUCAGAGAAAAGUCUCAGGAUGUUUCUGCAGUUACAGGAAUGUAAAAGUUUUUCAGGAAUCCCAGGACUUUCUCUUCUCACUCUGGUGGUGUCUCUCUCCAUCCUCACAAGUGCCGGUGUCCAGGGCGGAAAGAUCCUGGUGUUCCCAGUAGAUGGCAGCCACUGGAUUAACAUGAACCUGAUGAUCCAGAGCCUCCACGCCAGAGGCCAUGAAGUGACCGUGGUCCGCACUGCCACUAGCUGGUACAUCAAAGAGAGUGCACCACAUUACCGCUCCAUCACUGUCACCCUGCCGGAGGCCAUCAGCUUAGAGGAGGAGGAGUUUUUUGUUCAACUGCUGACACAGACACUGGCAAACAAGAGAGAGGGGUCUUUUAUCAGCGUUGUGAAACUUGGGUGGGAAAUGCUGACCAGGCUGUCAGGGAUUCACCAGCAGGCCAGCGGCAUGGUGGUGCAAAUGUUUGAGAACAAGGCUCUAAUGCAGAGGAUUCGUGAUGCUCAAUAUGAUGUGGUUCUCACAGACCCAGGCUUGCCUGUAGGGGUUCUGGUUGCUCAUGAGCUGAAGCUGCCAACCAUUUAUAAUGUGAGAUGGAUCCUCAGUGGAGAAGCGCACUUUGCGGUCGCUCCAUCACCGUUGUCCUAUGUCCCACUUACAGGACACAUUGUGUCGGAUAAAAUGACCUUUAGGCAAAGAGCGGUGAAUGUAGUGACCAGCAUCUUCAACAUGUGCAUUUACAGGUUUUGCUUUCGUCCUCACUAUGAUCAAGUGGUGGACAGGUACUUCGGUCCAGAUGUGGACUUCUAUCACCUCCUACAAGGGGCAGACAUCUGGCUCAUGAGGGUGGAUUUUGUCUUUGAAUUCCCCAGACCCACCAUGCCAAACAUUGUCUACAUUGGUGGGUUUCAGUGUAAACCUCCUAAGCCUUUAUCACCUGAGCUGGAGGAGUUUGUUCAAAGUUCAGGAGAGCAUGGGUUCAUCCUGAUGUCUCUUGGCACACUGGUUAAAGGUCUGCCAAUGGAAAUUACCAAUGAAAUCGCUGCUGCCUUUGCUCAAAUUCCUCAGAAGGUCAUAUGGAGGCACGUCGGCGAGCGCCCCAAAAAUCUGGCUAAUAACAUUCUUCUGGUGGACUGGGUGCCACAGAACGACCUCCUGGGCCACCCAAAGAUGAAAGCCUUUGUGUCCCAUUGUGGAACAAACGGGAUCUAUGAGGCCAUCUACCAUGGCGUUCCAAUCAUCGGUCUUCCUCUACUGUUUGAUCAGUUUGAAAACCUUCUGAGGUUAGAAACGCGAGGUGCUGCCAAGCUGGUGGAUGUCACCAAAAUCACACACCAAUACUUCCUGGAAUCAGUACAAGAUGUUCUUCAGAAUCCUUUGUACAGGAACAACAUGAAGCGUCUCUCUGAACUGCAUCGGGACAAACCGAUGCAUCCUUUAGAGAGUGCGGUUUUCUGGAUUGAAUUUGUAAUGAGGCACAAAGGCGCUGCACAAUUGCGCACCGAGUCUUACAAGAUGCCCUGGUACACAUAUCACUCUCUGGAUGUUGUAUGCUUCUUGGUAGCAUUUCUGUUGUUGCUAACAGUGACCGUUGUGGGCUCCAUACGAUUUAUGUGCUUUCGACUGUGCUGGAGGAGAAAAACAAAGCAGGAGUAGGAACUCCCGACAUAUAUCUUAUGUUGCUUUUCCACGACACAGUUGUAGCACGGAACGGCUCAACUCUACACAGUUUGAUUCCAUACCUGUAACACGAGAAGAGUCACCAUACCAGGGUAAACUGGUAGUGACUUGUAAAGCAGUUAUUUUGGGUGUAACUGAAUCAUUAGAAACAGU